CACAGACUUUACUACAAGCUGAGAAAAUGUAUGGUGAAGAAUAUCUACAGCAUUUAUUUUGACUAGGCUAAAUGGAGUAAUGGUGCGGGUAUAAAGAACCGUUCUCCUCCAUGCCCAUAUUUGGAGCGAGCGGAUGGGCGAGGUCUGCCUGCUGAAGCCACCCGAUUAAAAGCUCAUUUAUCUAAUUUAACCGACACCCAGAAAGCACACAUUUGAACAAGAGAGAAGUGUCCCCUCUACGCGUAAACGGAUUACUUUUUACUGUUGGUGGAACGACUAUCCAGAAAUUAUUCAAAACAAAUGGGGGCCUUUUGGUUCGUGGAGUUGGGCAUAUUAAUAUUAUUUCUCCAGGCUUUCAAGCCAGGGGCGUCGGAGGAGUCAAAGUGUCUACCAGGUUUCAAUUCAGAAAUGUACAUUUUCAAAGUGGAAAGAAAUCACUUACAAAGUGGCCGGAGACUAGGAAAAGUGGUUUUUGAUGACUGCACCAGCCGCACCAGCUUUCUCUUUCACUCCGAGGAUUCACGAUUCAAAGUAAAUGGCGACGGGACGCUGAAACUGAAGAGGGGGGUGACUCUGCGUAAUGGACAAGAGGAGUUCGAUGUCUCUACCCACUCCAAGGGCAAGAAGAUCACGGUUCCAGUCAGAGUGCUGCAUGAGGCCAGACACGGCCACCACCACAAUCACCACCACCAUGAGAUGACCACCCAGCCCCAGCCUGGAGCAAGUCUGUCUCUACCAGUUCUGAACUUCCCCAAGUCUUCAGGAGGUCUGAAAAGAACGAAGAGGGACUGGGUCAUUCCUCCCAUCAACUUCCCAGAGAACAACCAAGGCCCCUUCCCCAAGGAUAUGGUGCAGAUCAGGUCCAGCAAUGAUAGAGUGGUGAAGAUCCAGUACAGCAUCACUGGCACUGGGGCAGACCAACCUCCUGUGGGACUCUUCACUGUGGACAAAAACUCUGGGGUUCUCUAUGUGACCCAGCCUUUGGACAGGGAGAAACAAGACCAACACAUUCUCCUAGCCCAUGCUGUUGCAGUGGGUUCAGGUAAAGCUGAGGAGCCCAUGGAGAUCAUUGUGAAAGUAAUCGAUAUGAAUGACAACAAACCUGUAUUUACCCAAGAUCAAUUUACGGGAACAGUUCCUGAGGCAUCAAAACGAGGUGACGAGGUCAUGCAGGUAACGGCCACUGAUGCUGAUGAGGAGGGCUCUGCCAAUUCUGAUGUCAGAUACACCAUUAUCAAACAGGACCCUCUACUACCAAGCCCCAACAUGUUUGGCAUCAACCCUGUGACCGGAUGGAUUUGGGUUAAUGCACCUGGGUUGGACAGAAAGAAAAUUCCCAAAUAUACUUUGGAAAUCCAAGCCGCCGAUAUGGAGGGAAAUGGCCUUAUCAGCUUUAGCAAAGCCAUCAUUACAGUAACGGACAGCAAUGACAACGCGCCACAGUAUUUUUUUUUUCUCCCACAGACCCAGACACUGCAAGGAAUCAGAAAGUCACAAUCCCCUUUUGUCCAAGACAACAAAUACUCUGUUAUUGUUCUGGGCAUUGACAACGAUGAAGUCCCGGCAACUGGCACUGGCACCGUUAUCAUAGAGCUGGAGGAUGUGAAUGACAAUGCUCCAACCAUCGACGAGAGGGUGAUUUGGGUCUGCAACAAGGAGUCCUCCCCACAGCUUCUGUCAGUCACUGAUAAAGAUGGCGCGGGCUUCGCUGCUCCAUACACCGUACAGCUUCAGGGGUCGUCCCAUUCUAACUGGACUGCCAGAAUGAAUGACACAAAGACUGGCAUUAUCCUGACACUAAAGACUAUGUUGGACAGUGGAGAUUACACAGUUGUCCUGAGAGUGUCUGACAACCAGGGCCUGCACCAGGACCGCACCAUCCAGGCCUCAGUGUGUGACUGCAAAGGAGCUGAUGUCCAGUGCACCAAUAAAUCUGUAGCAGGCUUCGGCCUCUCUAGCAUUCUGGGAAUUCUAGGAGCCGUCUUACUACUCCUAUUGUUGUCUCUUCUGCUGCUCAUGUUCCUGAGGAAGAGAGGUGGUGAGAAGAAGGAGCCUCUGCUGCAGGAGGAUGAUGUCAGGGACAACAUCUACUACUACGACGAGGAGGGAGGUGGCGAGGAUGACCAGGAUUUCGACUUGAGCGUUCUGCACAGAGGUCUGGAUAACCGUCCUGAUGUUUUCCGUAAUGACAUCGUGCCAACCAUGGCCCGGCCAGAGUAUCGCCCACGACCCGCCAACCCAGCCGACAUUGGCAACUUCAUUGAUGAUAACCUGAAGGCAGCUGACAACGACCCCACUGCUCCUCCCUACGACUCCCUCCUGGUGUUUGACUAUGAAGGAGGUGGCUCUGAGGCCGGCUCCCUCAGCUCCCUCAACUCCUCCAGCUUAGGAGACGACCAGGACUACGACCUCCUUCAAGAGUGGGGCCCACGCUUCAAGAAGCUGUCUGACAUGUACAGAGGAGGAGAGGAUUGAGAAGUCAGUCAGCCACUAAACCUUUCUGCUUGGCAAGGAUCCGGUUCUCUACACUUGAGUCUGUAGACUGAAGACACCUUCUUUAUUUCCCCUUUUAUGUGUU